AUGCGAAAAAUCAAUGGCGUCUUAUGGAUUGGCCGGACGGUGGUUUCCCGCGGUGGUAGCCCGUCGUAUUUCCGCGAUGGCGACGCACUUGACCGUGGCUACUCGACCAAUAUGCGCGGAGACGGAAUGUCGCGUUUUAGGCGUUUGUUUAAGUGUUCCCUGCCAAAGUGUAAUUUUCACUUUCUAGCGAUGGAGAAGCCCGAGUCCUCCACCGGCGAUGAGAGCAAUGUCGAACUUGAGGACCGGGACCCUAACAGCUUAAAUAAGCAUCUACAGGUGAUGUGGGAUGACGUGAUUGGGGAACCGGAAGGAAUACGCAGUCCAGAGUGCGCGUGGCGAUUAAGCGGCCACUGCUUCCGGUUAUCCAGAAGUUGCUGUUACGUGUUUCUCUCCGUCCUUAUAGCACCAGUACUAGCUCUUUGUUUCGGCUUUACCUUUGCCUGUCUCGCGUUUCAGCAUAUAUGGUGUCUGGCGCCAUGUCUCCGCGUUUGGAAGAUCACUUGCGCAGCGACAAGGAAUUUCCUCACUUCUGUCACACAGGCCAUCGUGAGACCAGUAAUGGAUUCACUUGGCUAUUUGUUUCACAAUAUCCGAGUGUAUAAUCAAAAACUACCGGAUGGUCCAGCACAAAAGGAUGAUAUUCUCGUG